UUGAUUGGUUGCAUAAUGGACCAUUGAGGAGGAAUAGAGUCCCCAGCCACGGGAGGUUAUCUUAGCCCGGCCAGACAUACAGCUUGGCUCUGGCGGCCGCAGGAAUGAGUGAGAUCAGCUUCAGUCAGUGCAACGUCCGUUCGAACAACUUUUACAGUCUUGCAUCGGGAACAUCUUCUUGCCUUACCUGGUUCCGCACUGAUUGAAUCCGGUUUCGGAGUGAGGAGUCACAAUACAUCCACACUUACGACAUGCGCGAGCGUGUGCCAACGGAGGAUUCGUCACGUGGGAGUUCGGAUGGCAUGAGAACUGGCGCCUUCAUUUACGGUUAUAUAAUAAGCAAGUACUCAGCCAUCAACGCUUCCAAUACAAUGUUUUUGUCGUCAUCGUUGUUAACGGGAAUUUUAUCUCUUUCUUGUUCCUCUCUGUACCCGUUAUCGAAUUGACUCAGAGCAUUUGGGAGAAGCCAAAAUGAACUGGCGGGGUUUCAGGGAACUGAGGCCUCUGUUUCACCUCCUCGUGCCUCUGUGCGUCCAUUGGAUCGCUGAAGAGAUGACGGUCUCGGUUCUCGUCGACGUCACCACCGGUGCUUUGUGUCCUGGUCAGAUGACCUGCCCUGAAGCAAUCUAUCUCACUGGCCUCCAGCAAACGGUUGUGGGAAUUUUCAAGAUGUUUGUGCUUCCUCUCUUGGGUCAGCUUGCAGAUGAUUAUGGGCGUAAACCAGUGCUGCUUCUUACUAUUUCUACAACUAUAAUCCCUUUUGCUUUGCUUGCUUGGAAUGAGUCAAAGGAAUUUGUGUAUGCUUACUAUGUACUUCGAACAAUCUCAUAUAUCAUUAGCCAAGGGAGUAUUUUCUGUAUUUCUGUUGCAUAUGCGGCAGAUUUUGUGGAAGGCAGUAAGAGGGUAGCAGCAUUUGGAUGGAUUACAGGUCUCUUCUCUUUUUCACAUGUCCUGGGAAAUGUGCUAGCUCGUUUUGUUCCUGAAGACUACAUUUUUGAGGUGUCAAUACUUCUGUUGAUAUUUUGUCCAGUUUAUAUGCAACUGUUUCUUGUUGAGACAGUCAAAAGAAUUCCAAGGAAUGAGCAACAUUCAUCUUGUUCAACUGUGAUAUCCAAUGUCUUCCGAGAACGAUUCAAAUCCAUGAGAAAUUCUGUAAAUGUUGUUUUGAGAAGUGAAACGCUCAAAGGAAUUGCUCUUGUUUCCUUCUUCUAUGAGCUGGGAAUGUCUGGAAUCAGCAGUGUCUUACUGUACUAUCUGAAGUCAGUUUUUGGUUUCAGUAAGAACCAGUUUUCAGAAAUCCUGAUGAUGGUUGGAAUAGGUUCCAUUGUUUCACAGAUUUUUGUGCUUCCACUUGCCAAUCCUGUGCUGGGAGAGAGAAAGAUAUUGUGCAUUGCCUUACUUGCAUCAAUCGCUUAUGCAUUGCUCUAUGGUUUGGCAUGGGCACCUUGGGUACCGUACCUCAGUGCCUCAUUUGGAGUCAUUUAUGUCCUUGUGAAACCUUCUACUUAUGCUGUUAUCUCAAAAGCAACAAGCUCAGUUGAUCAGGCAAAAGCACAAGGAUUCAUAGCUGGUGUUCAAUCAAUUGCUAGUUUAAUAUCACCAAUCAUAAUGAGCCCAUUGACUUCAUGGUUCCUGUCAAGCAAGGCUCCAUUCAAUUGCAAAGGUUUUAGCCUCAUAUUUGCAUCAGUAUCCAUGGUGAUUGCACUGUGUUACGCGUGGCUGUUUAAAGAAGAUGCUGCCAGGCCAUCCAAUUGCGAAGCAGAGGACAACAGUGAGACAAUUGAAGCACCACUCCUCUCUUGAGCCCUGACCUGAAAAGAAUCAUGAUAGCUCAACAACUACUGACCAUGGAGCUACCCGUCUCUCAACAUCAAAAUGCCUUGGUUGCUCCUAAUUGUAUAAAUGUAUUGUUCAAGUUGUUGUGUUCUCUGCACUCUCAAGCCUCAACUUCAUUUCAUCUAAUUAAUUAAUUAUUUAUUUUAUCUUACACCAUCCCUUCAGAUCC